AUCUCCCGUUAGCACUCCCCUGCUGCAGGUAUCAUUAUCGAUCUCUUUCCAUCUCCUCCCUUGUCUGCUUCCUCCCUUCUCCCGUUCUCCGACCUUAUUUAAGGCAUCGGCUACCCCUCUGACGGAGAAAAAAAAAUCGCCCCAUUGCCCGAACACCUGCCGCACCUUGGCCAACCAAUUUCCUUUUUCAAAGAAACCCACCCAAAUUUAAACAAACCCGAACGGAAAGGAGAGAGGAGAAAGGGAAGGGAAGGGCAGGGCAGGUGCGUGUGCGACUGCGUGCGCGUCGGCCGCUAGAAUUUAGCAGCCGCCUCGUUUCUCCCUCCUCCUCCACAUCACCGUGGACGCGCCCAUGGACCGCGCGGCGUUGUUGGCGAGGGAGAUGAGAUGAGAUGAGAUGGGCAUGAGGUGCAAGAGGCACCCGUUCCAGGCCGGCGGCGGCGUCUGCGCCACGUGCCUGCGGGAGCGCCUCUUCGUGCUCGCCGCCGCGCAGAACGACGCGUCGUCGCCGACGACGCCUGCUCCUCCUCCCCCGGCCGCUUCUGCGGCGGCGGCGGGGCCCCCGGCGUUCCCGAGGUCCGUCUCGCCGUACGUCUCCCGGAGGAAGUCGGACUCCUCCGGCGGCGCGCUCAGGAACCACCCGAGCCUGCUCUUCUUCCGGACGCCGCAGGUAGGGCCCGCCUCGGCCUACGGCGCCGGCGGCGCGCUUGAAGAAGGCGACAUCGGGUACGAGAAGCGCCGCGCCGGGAAAUUCUCCGUGCUCGCCACGCUCUUCGGCAACCACCAUCCCCACCAACAACACCACAACAGAUCGGAGGUCGACAAGGAUAAGGGAGGAAGCGGCAAUAAGGAGCGAAAGAGCCGUUCCUGGCUCGCCGGGAUCAUCCCGCGCCGCCGCAAGAAGCAGGCACCGGUCGCCGACGCCACCGCGUUACCCCCGUCGUCAUCGCCGCCGCCCAGGCGGUCCUGCCGCGCUGUCAGCAACCGGGGCCUCUCGCCGGAGAGGGGUAGCCACGGCAGCGGCGAGGAGAGCAGCUCGCCCGCGGAUCCCCCUUGGCGGCCGUUUCCUUCCCCGAUGCGGAAGACGCCAUGCCGGCGGCGACAGACCAACAGCAUGCCGUCGGGGCUGGCCGUCUGCCUCAGCCCGCUCGUGCGGCCCAGCCCCGGGCGCCGCCACCGCGCUGCCCAGCCACCGGACCCCGGGACGUUCUCCUGCGAACUCCGGCCGUCGCCGCUCCACAGCGUCUCCUCAGCCGCCAACGUUGCACGCUGCCGCUCGAGGAAGCUCGCCGACGCCGGUCGCUUCCGGUGAUCUUUUCCUUUUCUUCUUCCUUGUUUUUUUUUAUAAUCUUUUCUUCCCUCUCCUAUUAUUAUCACCUAAUCCCAAUUACUACCUCCUCCUUUUAGCUUUUGGUUUUUUGGGUGCAUUUUACAUUUUGUCCAUUUGUGAAGAAGAGUCUGCGAGAUUUCAUACUCCGAAAAUACUCCUUUGACAUAUAGGUUUACUACUGCUACCGCUUGCUAGCCGAACAUUUUGUGAGACUGUAACGAGCUGCUUGAUUGUUUGUUGUACA